GUUGGACUGUCAUGGCGAGUUCUGCAAGCAGUUCUCCUAUCACAGAUAAACGAGUCACUCAGAGAGAUAGAAGCUCAUCUGAUCCGCCGACUUUAGUACCGAAAAUUACUGACCCGAAUGCUGCUGGUGAUGUCAGCGUUAAUAGUAUGAAAGCCACUAAUCGUAAGAUUGCUGGCACAAGUACACCGCCUGUUGAAAGAAAAAGUAAAUUUUCAUCAUUUGGACGAUUAUUUAAACCAUGGAAAUGGAGGAGGAGGAAAAAGACAUCAGAGAAAUUUACCGCAACAUCAAUAACUCUUGAACGGAAGAUUUCUAUGAGGGCAACCAAGGAAGAACUUAUCAAGAAGGGUGUUUUACCACCUGAUGCUUAUGAAGACACCAACAAUAUCCCAUUACCUGCUUCCACUAAUAUUGAAUCCUCAUUACAACCAGAAAAAACAACUGCCAAUAGUAUUACAACUGUAACAACUACUGUUGAUGUGAAUGAUUUACCAAAACCUCAAGAAAGUACAACAGAUUGUGAGGAGACAGUGAUUACAGCUGUGCCUAUGCCAGAACCCAUAGUGCCAACAGAAGACUUACCUCCUGAACCCAAAAUGGGAAUAGGGUCAUCAGACGAAUCCAAAGUAAAAAUUGUAGAAAUGAAUAAAGAAAAUGUAGAACCACAGAAAGAAAUCCAGUUUACACAGCCUGUGAAAAACUGCGCAUGCGUAUACGUUCAUGACUCUCUACUGAUAGCAAGCAUGGCGGACAGUGAAGAUCGGUAUGCUGCUUUUAUAGACGCUCUUCAGGACCAUGAUGCCGAAAUAUUCAGAGGUGCCUAUCCUUCUUGCCAAGGAGGUAACGGUGAUAUAAUACGCAGUGACAGUGAUUCAGAUGAUGAACCUAUUUUGUAUCGAGAUGAUAGCGAUGAUGAACAAUACAUGGACGGACUUGCGUCCAAAGUAAACAGGAAAGAUAGCUUAGCCCUUAAAUUACAAAACAGGCCGAGUCGCAAUAUAUUAGUGGAUAGGAAUAUAAUCAAAGAAAAAUCAGACGUUGAAAAACAGGUGGAAAAGGUUUCAUUGGAAGCUAAAUUAGACAGACGGUUAAGUUUGCGACCCACAGAAGAAGAACUCAAGCAGAGGAAUAUACUCAGAAGAAGAAGUCAAAAAGAAGAAAAAGAAUAUAAAGAAAAGAUGAAGAGUAUCCUUACAAGAAAAUUGAGUUUUCGACCGACUGUAGAAGAACUGAAGAGGCGGAAUAUUCUUCAAUUUUGUGACUAUGUGGAAGUUACACAUACAGUAGAAUAUGAUAGAAAAGCUGAUAAACCAUGGACAAGACUUACUCCUCAGGAUAAGGCUGCGAUUAGAAAAGAAUUGAAUGAAUUUAAAAGCACAGAAAUGGAAGUACAUGAAGCAAGUAGGCAAUUUACAAGGUUUCAUCGACCAUAAUGAAGAAUUGCAAUUUACAAUAUGCAUUAUGAAGUAUUUAAUUUUUGUACAAAUCAUAUUGCUGUAGUUGUCAUUAUAAAUAUGUAUAUCAUCCAUAUUGUAUAAUGGUUUUGUAGAUAUUUUUAAGUGUGUAUGUAGACGUCUGCAUCUCCAUCCAUUAUUAUUAAUAUAUCCCGCUUUUAAUACUUCUCGGGACCAGGCCGCCCAUUAAAUACUACUUCUUUUAUAUGAUGUAGUUACUGUAUCUGCUCUAUUAGAAGCGCAUACUAUUUUACAUGUGAUCAUUAUGCAGCUAUUUUUUGUUUUGCAUCUGUAAACUUUUUAAUCACUUGAGAAAUUAUUGAUACAACUUUUCAGACAAAAGUAACAAAUCUGAACACUCUAAUGGAGAAAUGCUUUCUCGCCUAACAUGCGUUUCUCAUAGAACAAAUUCGGUGUAAUUACAUAUUGUCUGUUUUCUGCUUAGCGCUUCACACAGUUUUAUUGGUAGUAUUUGGUUUUUUUGCUCAUCAUUCAAGUUAGUUUGUCAUUUUCUUUUAAGUUGCACUUAUACUUGAUUUUCUUUGGUGUUUUUGUACAUAUUUGAUGAUAUGAACAUGAAUUACAGAGAGGAGAGCCUAAAUAUUCAAAGUUCAAUUUCUUUGGAUAGUGUUUGAAUGUAAGUUAUCUUUCUCAUCUGACUCACAACUAUAAUGUACAUGUCUACUUCUAGCUAUGGCAUGGACAUGUUGAGAGUGGUGUAUGUUGUUAUGUAAUACAUGUAUGCGUUCUAAAGUGGACAAACAAAUUAAUUUUAUUUCCAGCUCCCUCUCAUGUAAAUAUUCCUACCAUCAAAUAUGUCACAUAAUUGUUCAAAAAAAUACACCUCAAAGUAUGAUCCAACAUACCACAGUUAAAUAGAACUUAAAUGCAAAUGGCUGCUGAAUGUCACAUGACUCUCGCUAUCAAUAAGAUCUCAGCGUACAUUUCUAAGGUCUAUUGCACUUUUAUAUCGGUAACUGCCCUUACCAUGAAUCCACCCAAUCUGUAAUUAUGUGAAGUUGGCAAAAUAUUCUGAGAAUUGUUUAGCCCACUCCCUCCAUAUUUUAGGCAAGCAUCUUAAUCUUACUUGUUGGAUUAAGGGGAAAGAUACUUAAAUUGUCUUUAUUUAUAUAGAAUGACACAGUCCAUGGGUCUAUGGCUGUUAUAGCACAGGGGCUCGGUGUGUGGCCAUUGUCACAUGUCCAAUGUUUUGACUUUAGCAGUGUAUAUACCGGUAAGCAUUUGUGUCAGUUAUAUAAUUAUAUAAAUCGCAACACGUAAUGCGUAUGGAGAUUGUAAAUGGUAUUCAUUGUAUUCAUACACAGGUUGUAAACCACAUAUGGAUUCAAUUGGUGAUUGUAAACAGCCACACAUGUAUUCAUAUUUAAAUUGUAAACAUAUUGUAUUCAUAUAUGGAGAUUGUAUAUAGACACAUAUGUAUUUAUAUGAAGAUUUAACAACCACACAUAUAUUCAUAUGGAGAUUGUGAACAAUUUCACAUGCAUUUAUAUAGAGAUUUAACAACCACAAAUGUAUUCGUAUGGAGAUUGUAAACAAUUUUACAUGUAUUAUUUUUGAGGAUGUAAACACUCACACAUGUAUUUAUAUAGAGAUUUAACAGCCAUAGGUGUGUUGAUAUGGAGAUUCUAAACAGCCACACAUAUUCGUAUGGAGAAUGUAAACAAUUAGACAUGUAUUCAUAUGGAGUUUGUAACGAGUCUUGCAUGUAUUCAUGUGUAAAUUAUAUACUGCCAUAGGUGUAUUCAUAUGAAGAUUGUAAACAGCCACACUUGUUUUCAUAUUGUAGAAAGUAUUCCAUGUUAAGGCCCCCCGGACAGUUAGCCAUAUGUAUAUACAUGGUACACUGAGACACCUGACUUGAAUGUUCAUGAGAACGUGUCAGCUACAUUUGUAUAGUUAAUAUUAUUGUGCAGAUCUUAUUUGUCCAAAAACCAUGUUAUAAACUGCAUGCAUAGAAUAUUUAGUUUGGUUUUGUUUUUACUCUCUAAUUUGUUGACAUAUCAUCUCUAUUUUCUAUGUAUAUUACAUAUGAGAUGUAGUUUGAAGCACCACAAGAUAAGAUAAUCUGAUUUUUGCUAAUGAGCUCUCAAGAUACACUGAUGUUGCAUGUCAUGUGCUUUGCAUUUGAGUGUAUGUAUGUAUGUAUGAACGCUUUGCGGUAAUCGUGCAGCCAUUCACAGGAUGUACACUGGUUGCAUUCUAUUCCUUGGCCGCAAUGACUCACAACUGUAAUGUACAUGUCUACUUCUAGCUAUGACAUGGACAUGUUGAGAAUGGUGUAUGUUGUGAUGUAAUACAUGUAUGCGUUCUAAAGUGGACAAACAAAUGAAUGCUCAACAGCUCAGUUUGGUAAUGCAUACAUUACUUGUGCUACAGUUGGCAAUGUGCAACCCCUUCGACAAUGUUGAAACAUGUUUUUGGACUUGGUAUGUUAUGUUAUUAACAUUGACUGACUGUCAUUCUCACGAGACUAUAUGGGACCUUGAUUUACAUGCAUUUGGAUAGGGCGGUUGCGGUUGUACUAAGAGGUUAUGAACACUAUAAGGUGAAUUAGUAGUUUUCUGUCUUUUGUUACACACAAACUAUUUAUGCAUACUCGGUAACUCAUUUUCUGGUAACACUUUUAAACACAUCCCCCUUCAUAUGGGCUAUCCAUGUUAAGGGCAAUGAGCUUCAUUUUUGGCGUUUUAUUUCCCCCUCAUUUUAAAUCGUAAGCUCAAUGGGGUAUGAAAUGAAUGAAACUCAUUGACGAGAUAUCAUAUUCCAAUUUAUGGUGAUAGAAUACUGUAUGUAUGCAUGCAUACAUAGCAUUGAACAUUUUAUCACAUGUGUUUACUUGUUUGGUAUCACAAUGAUCAUUUACGUUCAUAUUACAUGGAUUACCUGUACCUGUAAACAUGCAGCACCUAGACAGCCGACUAUACACAUAUAAACAAUACCAAGACAGCAUGCAUAGCAUGAAGUGUCAUAAAUAUACGUCAUACAACACACUAUAUCACCGUACAUUUGGAUUUCGUGCCUUGGCUCUAUUAAUAGAUGGUUCAACUAAUCUGAACAAAUUAGCAAAAAAAAAAAAAAAAAACGCAGCUCAUGCACUUACAAUAAAAUGUAUAUUUAGAUAGUUAUUAUAGCCAAAUUUUAGAUUGUUUUUAUUUAGUUUGAUGGAGUUGCUAUGGUUUUCAUUGAAAUCAUGUUAUUACCAGUGUUUUGUAAUUAUUCACUCGGUGUCUUCUGUUGCAGUAAAUUUAUUUAUCAACCAUCACAUCAUGUCAAGUAUAAAGUGUGCAACUCUCUAACUAGGUUAAAGAAAACUCAAGUCCUAUCUAUUGUCUUGCUUAUACAGCUGACUGACAAGUUAGGUUUUUUACCCCAAGGUCUGUGUAUUACAUUGCCCUUUAAUGGCAAUCAUGUUUUGUAUUUUAUAUAAUCAAAUAAUCUCUGUAAUUUUUACCAAAACUUCCUUUUACUUAAUUUACCAAAAAUAAAAACAGGACAAUAUCAGAACAAA